AGCAUGUAGGGUUUAUUUACAGUGAUACAUAAGGUUUGAAAAGGAUGCUUUACCAAAAGUUUUGUUAAUGAAAUAGGAAUGCAAAUAAAGAGGUACUACAUUUACUAGAUUGCAAUUGGCAACCAAAAGUAACCUUUUUCUAACGUAAACCUUGUUAUGUUUGUUGCUUUGCUGCAUCUCAUUUCUUUUGGUAGGUUGUUUUUAUUAUUCUGUUAGGAGAAAAAACUUAAUUUUGCUUGAUUUUCUUUGAUCUAGGAGUCAUUUAAAGAUGUAAUGCCAUCUUCCUUGCCAAAUUUGAUUCUGUCUUCCUCACUUAUUUCGGUCAACAGAACUUCAUCUUUCCAGUUCUUGUAGCCAAAAAUCAGCCUUGACACCCCCCUUAGAACUUAUGCACUAGUGUUUCCUCUGGCAGCUCUUUCCUUAUAACAAAUCAUUAUAAUUCCUCUGAACUGAAGCGAUCCAAAAAAAAAAAAAAAAAAUGAGCAACUUAUAAUUGCAAAGUUACUUUAUGUAUUUUAUUUGAUUCUCAUCAUAGUUAGGAGACUCCACUCUUUUCCUUAAAGUUUAAAAGAAUGCCUGAAAUCAACCCUUAAUACCGUAAACACAUAAUGAGUACCAAAGCGUUCCUUUGUCAUAGGUAAGCAGCACUCCUCAAUAAAAGAUCAAGGUGCCUUCUGGUCCAUGGGACAUCACCAUUUCAACAAGAGAAAACUUCAGAGGCUUCAUUAGGAAGCUUUCGUUUAAAAAGUGUUCCUCCCACUAUACAAGUGAAACCAGCUUUAAUACAGAGAAAUCAAAACAAAGAAAAAUAAAGUGGGGAACAGCUUUUGAGUAUUUUCUUAAAAUUUUCCAUUUUUUCGACUUUGCACAAUAUUAUAAUAAAGGAACAUGGGAUCCUUUAUUAUUGUUACCACAGUUGUUUAAUAUUCUUUUCAUAAAGUUAACCAUGUUUAUUUAGCCAUUUUCUUAGCUUUUGCCAUCAUGGCACUUUGAAAAUUUUCUUUGUAAUUGCUGCAAUGACCUUGGCGAUCACAGAUGCAUGCUACCUGCUCAAGUUUAUUCUUGGAAGUGGUAUUACCAAAUUAAAGGUUCUCAAUAUUUCCUGGGGUACUGCAAUUUUUAAUUGCAUAUUAAAACUGUUAUUACUGAGAUCGACAUUCCUCUCACCAAUUCACAAAUACACAGUCACAGACAUCUUGAGAUCUAUAAAACGUCAAGCCGCGUUCAUUUCACAAAUUCACAAGUUAAACCUAAAGAUCUGAACCGAGAAGCCGGACCUAGGGUCUAUUUCUCCCCCCCGGAUCCACCCCGACUUAUUAAGCAGUUAGGCCGACCCUUCCGUGCUCAUUCAAGGUAGUGCAGAGCUUUUGUUCCCCCGCCCAGUGGAAUCUACCCUGGUCCCAGCCCCUCGUCCAACUCCCGUGGGACGCCACGCAAUACGGAGUUCAAGAAGCGCAGAAAUCUCCUGACCCCCACUAGUCCACACUAGGUAGCAAGACCGCAGCACCUACGCCACAGGGUCAAAUCGGAAACCAGAAAAGGCACCCGAUGCCCGUCGCCCAGUCUCGGCCACCAGCGACUCUUUCUUUCCCUGGCGCACGAUGCCGGCCUUUCAGCCCAGACUCAUCGAGCGAGGAUGCCGCGCUGAGAAGCUUCUAAGGCUCAGGGCCUGCAAAGCCCAGCAGCCGGCUGUAGGUGUCCUUAGCAAAUGCCAGACCGCGCGCACCGUCCCAGCAAGUCCCGAGCGAGUGUGGGACAGGCAGCAAAUCAGUGCCCCCCUGGCCAGGCAGAACUAGUCGAACUUGGAAGUAGAGAGCAGGCGGAGGCCGGCGCUUAACUGUAGCUAAGCAGGCCGGGUCUGGCUUUGGGCCCUGGGCCUUCCAGCCGGGGACUCUGCGCCUGCGCCCGCCUGGCCGCCGCCCGCUCUCCCGGCGCUGCAGCUGUCUGGGCUGCUGCGCGCCGCCUAGGUGUCUGGGCAAUCCAUGGGCAAGAGCAAGGGCCACGAUGACAGAUUACGGCGAGGAGCAGCGCAACGAGCUGGAGGCUCUGGAGUCCAUCUACCCUGACUCCUUCACAGGCAGAUGUCUCUCAGCUAUCCCUGUAUAGCUCCAGUCCUGUUCAUGUUCUCUCUCACCAGCAAUACAUCUGUGCUGUGAGGAUGUUAAGGGGAUGAGUGAAGAGGGGUUUGAGAGUGUCAUUAACUGGCUUGAUUGCACAUUGAUCCAACCCUCCUAACAACUAGUCUUCCAAAAUAUAAAUGGACUCUCCUGAUACCACAUUCUCCUUCAGUAGUUCUUCACUUGACAAGGUCCUGCUAAGUAUUAUCAGAAAAUCCACCCAGCUUCACCAUUACUGUGACAUCUGAGGCUGGAGAAAAUGAUGAAACUGUCCAGACUACCCUCAAGUUUACAUACAGUGAAAAAUACCCAGAUGAAGCUCCCCUUUAUGAAAUAUUCUCCCAGGAAAACCUAGAAGAUAAUGAUGUCUCAGACAUUUUAAAAUUACUAGCAUUACAGGCUGAAGAAAAUCUUGGUAUGGUGAUGAUUUUUACUCUAGUGACAGCUGUGCAAGAAAAAUUGAAUGAAAUAGUAGAUCAGAUAAAAACUAGAAGAGAAGAAGAAAAGAAACAAAAAGAAAAAGAAGCAGAAGAAGCUGAAAAGCAAUUAUUCCAUGGUACUCCAGUUACAAUUGAGAAUUUCUUAAAUUGGAAGGCCAAGUUUGAUGCAGAACUCUUGGAAAUUAAAAAGAAAAGGAUGAAAGAAGAAGAACAAGCAGGAAAAAAUAAAUUAAGUGGGAAACAACUAUUUGAAACGGAUCAUAAUCUUGACACAUCUGAUAUCCAGUUCUUGGAGGAUGCUGGAAACAACGUGGAGGUAGAUGAGUCUUUGUUCCAAGAAAUGGAUGACUUGGAGCUGGAGGAUGAUGAAGAUGAUCCAGACUAUAAUCCUGCUGACCCAGAGAGUGACUCAGCUGACUAAUGAACUGUCCCCAUCUGCAGAGAGGCUUGACUGCCACAGCAUCUGUGGCUAUGCUCAGAGGGUUUUGUUUUCCUUUCUUUUUUUCUAAGAAAAAAUUAUUUUCAGGAGAAUAUUCUUCUGAUAGCUUUCAUCAUUGAACUUAAUAAACUGACCUUAAAAUUUCAAAUAUAAAAUGUUCAAGGCUUCUUACUGGUGAGCACAAGGUUACGUAUUUAAAAUCACCUAAUAUUGAGAGAGAACCUGCCUAUAACACCAAGACUUGAAGGUAGGCUGGUGCUGUGCACAUGAGCGAGUUUAUACACAGGAAACUGGAGUAACUUGGAAUUUCUGUGCUGGAGACUGUGGCUACUUCUGGUUUUCAAGCAUUGUCUUUUAUAUGAAGUGUGAGAAAACUGAGGUGACUAGCACAUUAAACCAUCUAGAUUCUAGCCUCCAGGCACACUAAAUUUAAGUCUUCACAAAACCAGGAGGCCCAUAUUAUGAUCAGGAAUAAAAUGAAGUUUAGCCUUCGUUUUGGUCCAUUUUGUAUUGCCAUAAAGGAAUAUCUGAGGCUGGGUAAUUUAUAAAGAAAAGGAUUUAUUUGGCUCACAAUUCUGGAUGGCCAGGAAGUUCAAGAUUGGGUAUCUGCACCUGGUGAGAGCCUCAGGCUGCUUCCACUCAUGGUAGAAGGGGAAGGGGCACUAUGUGUGUAGAGAUCACAUGGCCAGAGAGUGAGGGUGGAAGUGCCAGGGUUUUUUGUUUUUUGGUUUUUUUUACAAGUAGCUUUGGUGGGAACUAGUAAAGUGAGAACUCCCUUACCUCUGCUCCCCACAGGAAGGCAUUAGUCUAUUUAUGAGGGUUCUACCUGCCAUAACCCAAACACCCCACUAGCCCGCAUCUCCCAACACCACCACACUGGGGAUUAAAUUUCAAUGUGGGAUUUGGAGAGGACAAAUAUCUAAACCAUAGCAGUCUUAGAGUAUUUAAAUUAGAAUCAUUUGUGGAGUUUCUAAAAGGUAUGCAUUCCUAGGCCCCUCUCAGGUUAGAUUUACGAACACUGAUCCCCAAUCUGAAUUUUAAAACAGCAAAAUCUCAUACUAGUUCUACAGAUGAUUCUGAUACACAAUCUGGAUUAAGAACCACUGUCCUGUAGUUGUGAAGUCUAUAUAUUUUGGUAUUUUCUUUACCUUUUCUCUAAUUAACCAGUCUGAAGGAGUUUGAAUUUUGGUGGUCGUACAUCGUCUGCAAGAGAAACACAUUAACAUCUAUGCACAUAGAGUUCUUUGUAGUAAUUUCGGAUGAUUGACUUGGUGGCUCCAGGUAGGAAAGCCAGGCUUCGUGCAAGUUAUUCAGUCACUACAGUUUUGGAGGACUCUUAACCCCAACAGGAAAUCACUUGUGCUAUUUUAAAUUUAUAAAGCUAUUAUAAAGAGCUGCCUCCAGUAAAAAAUACAUAUGCCACAUACCCACAGACAGCAAUAUUAAUCAUUUGUUAUUGGAGUUAGACCUUAUAAUCAAAAAGCAAAUGAUUUAAGAUAAAAUUACCAUUGAGGAGUUUAAUACUUUUCAAGGAAUCUUCACGUCAACCUUGAUCCCAGACCAAUAGAAUGGAAUAACAACAGGAAUGUUCAGCAUUUCAAUGCAGGGAGAAAUCCAAAAGUUUGUCCUAUGUAAGAUUUUGCUUUUCCCAUAUUUUUGAAGCUGAUCAGCAGAUACAUAAGAACCUGGAAGAAGCUGCUCAAUUAAGGUUUAAAAAAAAAAAAAAAAAAAAAAAAAGCAAUUGUUAGCAAUGUGGUGCUGAAAUCAAGACUUAACUUUGAAGUGUCAAGAAUGAUACCCCACGCCCCAUCCCCUUCAUGUGAUUUUUAAGAAUUAGCUUUAUAUAUUUCUCCAGGUAUUAAAGUGGAUGUCUACCUUUGCCAUUUCAGAACCUAAAGGCAGAAUCUAAUGGUAAAAUGAAGACAACCUUGUUAGUUCUAAUAACUCAGAUAUUUUCAUCUAGAGUAAAUAUUUACCAUUGGCUUUGUAUUCUGGGAAUUAGCCCAAGACUAUGCUGCUCAAAUGGGUGCAAAUAUACUCUCAGGUUGCAAUAGCAUGACUAGUAGUAUUUGAAGCAAUAAUUGUUCCAUCUUGGAUUAUCAGUUUUGCUCUUUGCUUUGGCAAAGUUUUUGUUUUUCUAUUUGUGCCAGUUGUAUUAAAAUAUUACUAGGUUAAAAACAAACACAAAUAUAUUUAUUCACUACUGUAUCCCUGUAAUAAUGCCUGGCAUGCAGUAGGCCCCUAAUAUUUGUUGAAUGAAUGAAUUAUAGAAUAGAGUACAAAAUUAAUUCUAAUGUAUUUUAAAGUAAAGCAUGAGAGUUCAAAGAAAUGUUCUAUUUGCCAUCUACAACUUGGAAUAAUGUUCCUAGAUCCUGCUUCCUGCACUUUUGCCAGCAGAGGUGGAUGCCUUGGGGGAAAAGUUGGAUAAAUGCUGAUCUAAGGCAACACAUCUAAAUGGUUAUGUGAACAUUUCCCAGUUGAGGUAAAACUAAGAGGAAUGAUAAUAACAUCUCAUCAAUUUAAAGGAUGAGUUCACUGAUUGUACUGUCAUACUCCAGAGAUACAUGUGCCAAGAAGCAAAGAGAUACACUCUUGUAUUCCAGAAAAACGAUGAUUUGUAAGUGUUCAAUAUUUGUGUGGCAGCCCUUUUAGGUGUAAUGAUGUGUAACAGAAAAGUAAAUGAACUACUUGAAAUAGC